GCCCGAAAAUCGGACCGCCGCCAGGCCAAGAAUAAGCGCGGCCGGUGAAGCUUACGCUCACGAAGCACGCGCGGCGCAGGACCCACAGACCGAACCAUGUGCGCCAGUUCGGCCGACGCCUCCUCGUGCGCGCAGUUGACCGGCAUGAGGGGACCAGCGGAGCCCGCUGCACCCGGCGGCGCGUUGCAAGUGUUCGGCUCGGCGGCCCAUCCUCCACCCUCGUUCGUCGAGUACCAGCGCCUGCAGCUGUUCGACUACAGCCAAGCCAGCCGGCUACGCAUCAUGCAGCCCGGCCUCCUGGGGGCUUACGCCGGCGCCUUCGGUCCGUACGCGCCUCCUCCUGGAGCCGAGAGCCUCUUCGGCUUCCCGCCUUUCUUUCGGUUCGACCCAAGGUCGCGGUUCGUCCAAGAGGAGCCCAAACCUCAGCACAGUUACAUCGGGCUCAUAGCGAUGGCCAUCCUCAGCUCGGCGGAGAAGAAGAUGGUGCUGAGCGACAUUUACCAGUACAUCCUGGACAACUACCCGUACUUCCGAAACCGGGGUCCCGGCUGGCGCAACUCGAUCCGCCACAACCUGUCGCUCAACGACUGCUUCGUCAAGGCCGGCCGCAGCGCCAACGGCAAGGGCCACUACUGGGCCAUCCACCCGGCCAACGUGGACGACUUCAAGAAGGGCGACUUCCGACGCCGCAAGGCUCAGCGCAAAGUGCGCAGGCACAUGGGUCUCUCGGUGCCCGACGACGACGACAGCCCGACGCCAACGCCGCCCCCUCCUCAACCUCAGCCACCGCUAGAAUCGCAGCAUACGGCCGCCAUCUGGGGCGAGGACGGCACCUCCGUGGGCUUGACGCACAAGCUGUCGGUGACCCUCAAGAGACGCCAGUUCGACGUCGAGAGUCUUCUGGCGCCGGACCCCUUGCCGUUAGAGCGACGCUCGCAGCAGCAGCAGCAGCCGUCGCCGAAGCCGGGCAGUCCAUGGCCCUUGCCGCCCGCUGGCUGUCCCCUGGAUUCCAUGGGACUUCAGGGAACGUGGCCCGGCCAGCCACAGUCUUUGUUAGCCAUUCACCAGGAGCGCCUGUCACUCUUCAGAGCGCAACACCAAGAACAAAUGCUGCACCGCUGGUGUCCGCUUCAAGACCCACGCUCGUCGCCCUCCGUUUCGGACACCGAAGCGGACAAGCUGAGCGCUCCACCCUGAUCGCCUCCCAGGUGACACGUCCGACUCAGAGUUGCUGCAAGCGAGCCUUGCCAUGGAAGCGUGACCUCUGCUUCUCGAAGCCUGUAGUAGAGGUAUGCAUGUGAAUGUAGUCCGAGAAAUCGCUCCAAUGUUCAUCGCUCUCCUUUUUCUCGCAUGUGCCAUGGUGCGUUGAUAGGGACACUGCUAGUCAUCCGUCGAGAAAAGAGCUCCAGUGAGGAACAUAAACACUGCGUCUGUCCUUGGCUUUGAGGGAGAAAACGUCUGCUCGGCACCGAGUUGAAGGUGGUUGCCCCGGAGUUGGCUUCACGUCGUAUGUUACGAACACAAAUGUGCUUUGAACUUGGAGACAAUGUAUAGAAACUCGAAUGAAAAGCCGCUCCGCAAAAUCAAGCAAUAUGUAAGUGACUGUUUCAAUAAAACGUUUUUUGUUAA